CCCACCGCCCGGGCUCCCUACGCAGCGCGCGCUCCAGCCGGACUCCCGCGCCCUAUUUGGUCUUGGGGGGCAGGUGGCGGGAGGGGGGCGUGCGCGGCGGAAGAGGACGCGGGCGGGCUCGCGUGCAGAGGGCCGUUCUCGCUAGCGCCGCCGCCACCUCUGCUGGGGACCCUCGAGGCCGUCGCGUCCCGCCCGGAGAACAAUGGGGCUCGGCGCGCGCGGUAGCUGGGCCGUGUUCAUCGUGGGGACGCUGCUGGUGCUCGCGCUGCUCAAGGUGGUCGUGGACAGCGAAGACCCGGCGGGCUCUUCCAGCGGACAGCCUUCCACAUUUUCCCAUACCUCUACUACUCAGCCAGCAGGGAAUACCACAUUCGUGCCUUCCGUCAAUAGAAAUGAAUCUUCCCACAGCACUGUGAAACCAUCUACAAAUCCAGUUUCCCCAGUGACAAGCACCACCUCGAAAUCCUCAGCAAAGCCAUCAACUCCAGUUUCUCCCAAAAGCGUGACAGCCACCACCUUGAAACCCACAGCGACUUCUCAGAUGACAACACAAGGGGUCUCAGCAAAUAUGACUUCCACCACCUUAAAGUCUACACCCAAAAUAACAACAAGGGUUUCACAACACACAUCCCAGAUGGCGACAUCCACGAUGGCCACAACCCACAACAGUUCAGCGACAUCUGUCUCUUCAUCGGUAACAAUCACAGCAACUAUAAAUUCUAAAGAAAAUAAAGGAUCAAAAUUUGAUGUUGGCAGCUUUGUCGGUGGUAUUGCAUUAACACUGGGAAUGUUAUCUAUUCUUUACGUUGGAUGCAGAAUGUAUUAUUCAAGAAGAGGCAUUCAGUAUAGAACCAUUGAUGAACAUGAUGCCAUCAUUUAAGAAAAUCUAAGGACCAACAGAAAGAAGAUUGAUGAACCCUAUCGAUUAGUUUAAGCCAAUAUUCUGUUUUUUAAAAUAGUAUGAACAACAGGUCAUGCACAUAAUGUACAAUGUAUUACAUAAAUAUUCCUCAUGAUUACUAAAGGUAAAAAAGGUUUGGUUUGGGUUUUUAAUGAACAUUUGGAGCGUACAGUUAACCCAAUGGUUAUAUUCACUUUUAGAAAAUAUAUAAGACAAGUCCUGUCGCAUUUUUCUUGUGGCAUUGGUCACACAGGGCCAGUAACUGGAAGACAUAUCAAAUAGGAGCUUGUCACACACUCAGGAUGUUGACUGUCUUUAGAACUCAGUGCUCUUCAGAGCUGGAUAUAGUUCACUAAUGCCACAUAGCAGAAAAGUUACGAGUAAACCAGGUCGUAAGCAUGAUUUUAGUUUGUGUCUCUUUAGAAAGCAUCAGUAUUUUGUGUUUUAAAGCAUAAUACUUGGUUUAGAAACAAAAUGCACACACCCGAAAAAAAAAUCAAAUAAAAACAGAAACCUUACUGGGGCUUAACCCUGUUAGCCGGUGUAUUUUUUAAAAACUCCUUUCAAGCUUUCAAUAGCAGUUGAUAUAAUUAUCUUUUUUCCCUCUGUGAUUUCAGCAAACUGCAGCGUUUAACGUGAUAGUGUUUUAAAGACUUUGUUAGUAUUAAAUAAGUUAGAUUAUUUGCUACUGUGAGAAUAGCCUCACCACUGGAAAUUGCUUUUUUUAUACCCAGCUAUUAAUUACAUGUUUAGUGAAUAUUUAAAGAUAUGUAGAGCUUUCAAUAUAUAGAAAUGUUUAAUGCAGCAUAAACACACGUAACUUUAAAAUAAAAGUCCCUUACAUGAUUUCCAAAUAACAUUUAGCACUCUGUCUAGUCAGGACUGUAGAUUAAUCUGUUCCUCAAGCCAAGGAUUGUAGAGCCCCCCUCAAGCUACUAAACCUAUAAGAUGAAAAUAUUAUAUUUUUCUGCACUGUGAAAAGUUUGGGGAAACUGCAUUUUUAUAUUAAAACACCAAUGUAUUUUGGAAUAAUUUUAAAACAGGAAUUCCUUAUUGGGGUAUUUUUCCCACCACUCCUCUUUUGCUGAAGAGGAGGCACUUUUAGAUGUAUUGUUAGUGGAGAGAAAAAGCAUAGUACUGUGGGGACACUAAUAUUAGCCAACAUUUGAGUGUUUUCACUUUUCCAGUUUAUAUUUCCAGCACUCAAAACUCAGGGUCAAGACAAAAGAGGUAUUUAGUCAUAAGAUAGCAUUUCUUAGAUUAGUCAAAGUAAAUCAUACCAAUUUCUAACAGUCUAAAAAUGAGCUAAGAUAUCCUAAUAAACAUGAACCUGCAUUUAAUAGAAAUUAAAUGUAACUUUUGUGGCCAGCUUUUGCUUUAUGGAGAAUGCCAUAUACAAAUUUUUAUAUAAAAGGGUCAUUUCUGCUCACUGCAGUAUGGCCAAUUGAUGUGAUGAAUGUGGAUGAUAAAUAUCCAAAGUAUGGAUAUGACAGGAUGUAUGCAACACAUGCAAUAUGGAAGAAAUAUUAUGAAAAGCGUGUGUUUACAUUAGUUUGAGAAAAAUGUGGGCUGAUAGGUAAGUUGUAUGUGACUAACUCAUCUUUAAUAGUAAUAAGGGCCUUUUAAAUUUAAGUUGUUUUGUCCCCUUUGUUCUUGAUAUUUCAGUACUGAAAUCAGCCAGAACUUUGUAGACAGGCCUAGAAUUUUCUUGAAUACUUCUUUCUUUAGCACUUUGAAGAUAUAAAACCACUUUUUAAGUACUAAAUGUUAUAUGCCUUUAGUUCCCUGUGCUUUGGGUUUGAAAUAAUUUAGUUGAAUUUUCUCUGUAUAUAAGUUGUAUAAUUUGUUACUUUUAAAUACCAGUACUUCAGUACAGUCAGGUUUUUUUUGGUUAUGUGCAAAAAUUGGGAGAAACGGGGAUACAAGCCAAUAGUUUGCUUUGGAGCACAUUUCCUAAUUAUUUUCCUAAUUAUGUUUCCUUAAAGCAAAUGUUCAAUUUUGUUUGCAUUCUUUGAGAAUGUAUUUAACUUGAAGAUAAAAGCAAUCCAGAUGUAUAUAUUAGGCAGAAUCCAAUCAACGAUUUAAAAUUUUCAUUAAUCCAUAAAAUAAAUAAAUUCAAAUACAGAUAAAUGAGAGUUGGCAGUAUAUUACAAUGAUAAUUUUGUAUUUUUCAGAAGAAACAUUUAAAGUGAAUUCCUCUUUUUAUUAUAAUAACCAGCUUUGGGUAUUUCAUUGUUACUAAGAUCUAUUUUUAGAAUAAAAUUUUGUUCAAGAGUUUUA